GCUAACAGUUUUAUAAAGGAUGGGCUCGGCAACAUCUGAAGAGUGAGAGUUGGUUCAGAACAGAGGAAAGAUGUUUUCUGUUCAAACCCUGAUCGUUGCUGCUCUCCUGGCAGAGCUGGGCCUUGUGGUGGAGUCUUCCUGUUGGGAGGGCGCCAGAUCCUCCAGCUUCGAUCUCUCCAGCGCGUCAGACCAGAGCCGACUUCACAACUCGCCGGUCCAUCGGGCCGUCAGGACGAGGAGACCACUGGGGAGCACGAGCUUCCUGUUAGGACCCCUCAGCCACUCGGCAGAGAAGUCAGUGUCAGUCCCAUCUAACUCAAGCCAUGUGUCCUCAUGGUCCCAAUGGUCCACUUUUUCAUUGGACCCCAUGGUCAGGCUGGCGGUUCCGACUACAGCCUGCUCUUAGAUAACUGUCACUUCGGGGCAGGUCGGAUGAUGGACGACGACUGAUCUCUGGCGCCCUCUAUGGCUACAUCUUUUAACUGCAUCAAAAACUUCUUAUUAGCCUAGAAGGUUUAAGCGCCUCGUGCCUCGAAAACAUAUACAUUUCCACUUAAUUUCAUCCAUUCUCAGGCAUCUGACAAAAGCGUUCUCUUUCAAGCUGAAUCGUUAUGUUACUCCAGAAGCCUGGCAAUAUUCACUUUCAGACUAAAAUAAAUACAGAAAUCAAAUCCAA